AUGGCAUCCAUCAUCAUUGUUCAGCUAUUCUUUUCCCUCACUUUAUUUUCUUCACUUUUCUCAAUAUCUUCUUCUUCAUCAUCAACAAAAUCAUCUUCCUCUAUAGAUCUUUGGUGCAACCAAACUCCUCACCCUGAGCCAUGCAAAUCCCACAUGAACCAGUUUAGACCGAACCAUCCUUUAGAGUUCAGGAAAAUGCUGGUUCGAUUAGCACUGGACCAAGCACAAGUCAUGCAUAAGGAAGCUCAAGAACAUGGCCCAAAAUGUGUGACCAAGAUGCAGAAAUAUGUCUUUAAUGAUUGUUUAAAGCUCUAUGACAGUACGAUCUUCCAUCUAAACCGAACCCUCCAUGCCCUACACACAGCUUCUUGCUCCCUCUCAGACGCACAAACAUGGCUCAGCACUGCCCUCACUAACAUCGAAACUUGUCGGGGAGGUGUGCUGGGGCUCGGAGUUGGAGAGUUUACGGCUCAAAAUAAUGUGAGCGACAAUGUUAGGAAGAUGAUAAGCAAUGUGUUAGCUGUAAAUGGGAAAUUUCUGAAGCAAGAGAAUCACACAGAAGAAGAGGUGAAAGCAUAUCGGUUUCCGAGUUGGUUUUCUGGGCGUGACAGAAGGUUGUUGAGCUUGAAGCGAUCUUCGGUGAAGGCAAAUCUUGUGGUGGCUCAAGAUGGUACGGGCCAUUUCAAGACAGUGCAAGCCGCCAUUGACGCAGCAUCAAGGAGAAAAGUGAAGACGAGGUUUGUGAUACGUGUGAAGAAAGGGGUUUAUGAAGAGAAUAUUGAAGUUGAUAAGGAUAAUGAAAAUCUCAAGAUUAUUGGCGAUGGAUCGAGAGUCACCAUUAUAACUAGUAGUCGAAGCGUCAAAGAUGGAAUUACCCCGGCUGCCUCCGCUACAGUAGGCAUAGAUGGUGCUCACUUCAUUGCACGAGACCUCACUUUUAGAAACACAGCCGGUCCUGAAAAAGGUCAAGCAGUGGCACUCCGAUCAGCCUCUGACCUCUCGGUCUUCUAUCGAUGCUCCAUCGAAGGCUAUCAAGACACUCUAAUGGCUCAUGCACAACGUCAGUUCUAUAGAGACUGUAGGAUUUUUGGCACAGUUGAUUUCAUUUGGGGCAAUGCGGCAGUUGUUCUACAAAACUGUAGAAUUCUUGUAAGAAAGCCACUUGCAGGGCAAGCAAACAUGAUCACAGCGCAAGGACGAGGCGACCCGUUUCAGAACACCGGAAUAUCAAUAAUCGAUUCUCAAAUUCGAGCGGCACCGGAUUUUAGGCAGGUUUCACACUCACUUGAAACCUAUUUGGGUCGGCCAUGGCAGCAAUAUGCAAGGGUAGUUGUCAUGAAGACUUACAUUGAGGGAUUGGUGAAUCCGUUGGGAUGGUCUCCAUGGGGCGAUGAUGAUUUUGCUCAAGAUACUUGUUAUUUUGGGGAAUAUAUGAACAAUGGGGCUGGUUCAUCAACAAAAAGUAGGGUAAGAUGGCGUGGCUUUCAUGUGAUAAGUAGUCCAAAUGAGGCAAACCAAUUCAGUGUUGCUAGUUUCCUUGCUGGUCGCACCUGGUUGCCUCGCGCUGGGGUGCCUUUUACUAUUGGUGUUUAA